UACGACUCCCCUCCGUCUCCCAAGUCAUCCUCUUAAAUCCUCCCUCCUUCCACAAUUAACGCACGGCUCCUCCUCCUCCUCCUCCUCCUCCUUGCAGCUUCUCAUGGAGAUUAGUAGAGAUUUAAUCCACGAAGAUGAUCUUCAGACCACCGAACGGGCUACUGGCGGCGGUUCUGGUGACGAGGGUUCAAAGGCCGCGGGGAUGCGUGGGACGGUGCAUGAGAUGGAUUUCUUUGCCAUGAAGGAGAGCAGCCGACCGCCAACGUCCACCAGGAUGGAUCGUGCUCGUGUGCCGGAUCUCAAUCUGAACAAAGAAGUUGAUCUCGCCAUGAACAUCGGUUUGCAAGUGGUUACUCCGGCGCGGGAUCAAGCGCCGAUGUCCCCGGUUGGAAACAAGAGUGUUGAGAUCGAGUUAAUUGGUUUAAAUAUUAUCGGAAUGAUCGAGAAGUUAGAAGAGAUGCGUGAAGAGCUCGCAGGGGCGAAGGAGGAGAACCGGCGGCUGAGGGAAUCGCUGAGCGACGUCGCCGACAAGUAUGGAUCCUUGCGGGCUCAUUUCAUGAAGCUGUUGCAAGAACGAGGAGGAGGAAAACUCCACCAGGUCGAAGACGAAGUGACCCGGCGAAGUCAUCAGCUGGAGGAAGAGGAAGGUGGAUCGACUGUGGCGAGGCAAUUCAUCGAUCUCCGACCCGCCUUAUCGGCCAAGGAAGAGUCUCACAACACAGAGCUCAGUACUGAUGAUCAGGACAACUCCGCUCACACUAAUCUCGACGCUGGGGAAAUGGAAGUGGCCGCUUCACAGCCAAAGACGACUCAGCAGCAGCAGCAGUCGCCGGACCACGAAGCGACCAUGAAGAAGGCUCGGGUCUCAGUUCGAGCUCGAUCCGAAGCACGAAUGAUAAACGACGGCUGCCAUUGGAGAAAAUACGGCCAAAAGAUCGCCAAAGGAAACUCCUGCCCUCGAGCUUAUUACCGCUGCACCAUGGCCGACGGUUGCCCUGUUCGAAAACAGGUUCAACGGUGCGCCGAGGACCGGAGUGUGUUGAUAACAACCUACGAAGGGACCCACAACCACCCACUUCCUCCGGCGGCCGCCGCCAUGGCCAGGACUACUUCGGCGGCCGUGUCCAUGCUUCUGUCUGGCUCCACGUCAACUGCCGACCAACCAUUGCUCGGUUCCAACAGCUUACUCGCCAAAAGAACCCUGCCGUUGUCGUCGGCGAGUGUGGCCAUGAUCUCGUCAUCUGCUCCGUUCCCGACCAUUUCGCUUGAUUUAACCGGCGUUCCCAAUUCUCUUCCACAGUGGAGGCCGUCGACGAAUAUCGAUCCAUUUCGAGUGCUCCCAUUCUCCAACGGCGUGGCUCCGAGCCUCGCAUCCUUCGGCCACCACGACCAGCAGUCUCAUUUCUCAGGGUUGCAGAUGUCGACAAGUUGCCUCACCGCCGGCGAUGAGGGCGGAGCAACGAGCGAGCUUUUGCCGAUGAAGCCGCACCCGUCGGGGCCAAGGUCGCUUGCUGAGACGGUGAGCGCGGCGACCGCGGCUGUCGCCGACGAUCCCAACUUCACCGCCGUGCUCUCUGCCGCGAUCUCCUCCUUCAUGAAUCGCGAAGGCGACGGCAGAGAGUGAAUCGAAUAAAUCAGAUGGGAUGGGAUGGAGCAUUAGAGAUUUUCUUUUUUUCCAUAUCGUUAUUUUAGUCAUUUUCUUUUAAUUUGUAUUAAUUAAUUAGGAUUUGAGAAAAGAGUUAAUUAAUUAGUUGUUUUUUUUAUAAUCCACCUUAAGAUUAGGAAGAAAAUCUCCUAAU